AUGUCUGGAGAAGGCUCUCCUGGUAUCAAGGAGAACUUCCUCGCGACAUCUGUUCCAUUGAAAGAGAAAAACUUCCGAUUUUCCAAAAUACUCUGUUUUGCACGAAACACCAUAACGACGUCGGAUUCAAAAGAACUUAGAAAAUCUCUCCAAGAAGAUGCUGAGGUACAAAUAUCGAGAUCAGUUCAUUGGGUCAACAAAGAACGGACACGUGCAGCGGAGAACAUCCUCAAAAUCCAGUCGUAUAGAAACAAAUACAUGUUCGUUGAUCCGCAACACUUCAAGAGUCAUUUACAAUUACAAGAAGACGAAGAGAAAGUCGACAUCUUUCCAAUGCACAUUGACAAAGAAAUGACGUCUUUGGUCAUGUCGAGUAGCAAAGAAUUGAUGGUUUCCGUCCAAUUAAAGAAUGGUGUUUAUGUUAUUGUUGAUAACACCAACACUAUUUUAUAUUCUCCAAUUUCUAUAGAAAAUUACUUGAAGGAUUUUGACGUUGUUCUCAAAUUAGUCGACGACCCUCCGACAAAGACGUUUACAAUGGAAAGGUUACAAGAGUUGGAACACCGAUUUAAUUUGCAUUUAUACUUAGAUUUGAGAAAAGUGCAAGUCGGAAACAACUUUUUUGAGUGUCCGAAAGUCGACACGCACAUUCACGCUAAUUGGGCAGCACCUGAAAACAAUUUGUUUAAGUUCAUCAAAGAGAAUAAAGACUAUCAAGAUGAUGUGUUUGUGAACUCAGACAAGAAGAGAGAGAAUUUGAACCAGUUUUGCCAACGACACAAAAUCGAUUUAAAUCGACUUUCCAUUCACCAAAUUGGCGAAUUUGAAAAUGAUGACUCGCUCUGUUCGAUAUUUUUGAAGACUACAAAUUUGGACGAAGGAAAACUCUUUGCGAAGUUGUUAAAAGAGGAAUUGAGUAAAAUUGAGGAAACACAGACAUACACAGAGAUGAGGCUUAUUAUAAUGGGGAAUACCAAAGAUGAGUGGGAGAAACUUUCUCAUUGGGUCAUAUCAAACAAGGUUGUCUCAAGCCACAACAAGUUUCUGAUUGAGUUUCAUCGGUUUUAUGAGAAUGUGAAGGAGAUCACAUUCUCCGAAUAUAUAUCGCGAUUCUUUAAGCCUAUUUUUGAGGCGACUUUACACCCAGAACAACAUAAAGAACUUUCCCUUUUCCUUCAAGAGAUCAGUGGAUUUGAUUCUGAUGGAGAUGAAGGUGUUGUAGAGUCAAUUACUUUGUCUUCUUUUGACCCAAAUUUAGAGAACCAAAGCGAUCCAUCUUAUUACGUUUAUAUGUACUAUUUCUAUAGUAAUAUUACAUCACUUAAUUUACUUCGAAUGGCAAAAGGGCUUAACACGUUUGAUUUUAGACCACACUGUGGGAAGACGGGACAUUAUAGUCAUUUGGUUGCGGGAUACCUCACUUCCAAAGGUGUCAGUCAAGCAGUCAAACUUGAAGAUAACACGACUUUACAAUACUUAUUCUACUUGGACCAAAUCGGAAUUUCACAGGCACCAAUGGCCACUCACGCUAAAAUUACACCGUACAGUUCUAACCCGUUCAAUACAUUCUUUGCAGUCGGACUCAACGUCUCGUUGUCAACGGACAAGCCACUUCGAGUACACAAAACAGUGGAACCACUUCUUGAAGAAUACUCGAUGGCAAAGAAUAUGUAUAAAUACAAAGACCACGACUUAGUCGAAAUUUGUCGCAAUUCUGUAAGGCAAUGUGGAUUCUCGUUUAAGACGAAGUCUCGUAUGAUGAAGGGAUUUGUCAACCACUUGUCGCGUCCAGCGUUUAGAAGACAGUUGUUAAGCGAUGAAGAGCAGUUACUUAAAGCGCUAACUGAAAACAAUGCAAAUGGUGUUUUUGAGGACAUUCCAAGAACACGUGUCUUCUUGAACUUUAAGACGAAAAGUGGCAAAGACGUCGACAUCAUGAAGAACAUCACUUAUUUUAUUUCAUUGAGAGAGAAGUACUUGGAGGAGAAUGAAACACAAUUUGUUCCAACGAAAAUUGUAGAUCUGCCAACAACAACGAAACUGUUCUACUCAAUUUCUAAUGGAGUCUACAACGUGUUUGAUACCCCAGAUAUGGUGUGCGACGUUUGCAAAGUCUCCACAGCGUUUAUAGAAUGCUUCGACUGUCGCAAAAAGUUUUGUAAGAAAUGUUUCAAAAAGUUCCAUGAGAACAAAUAUCACUCGAUCCACCUUGAGAAGAAUCGAGCAUACUUUCCUAUCAUUGAUUACACAGAGUACACUUCGGAUUAUAAUUCAUUGACUAGCUUUGUGGCGAAUGGAGACUCGAGAUCAUUUGGAUACAUUCAGUUAAAGUGCAGGGAGGAGAUGUUCACGCUACACAAACUCCUGAACAACUCCAUUGAAGCUACGGAGAUGAAAAAUUUGAAGGAAGACUUUGACGCUUCGAUGAAAAUCGAUACAGUGUUGACCGGACCGAGGUCUUUCCAUCCGAGAAAACUACUCAAAUUCAUUCAAGACAAAUUAGUUAGUGAUGCGGAAAAGAUUGUAUACAAAGAGCUUGAAGUCGAGAUGGAGGAUGGCUUUAGAGUGUUCAAAAAAGUGACAUUGAAAAACAUGUUCAAUAUCUAUAAUAUCAACCGACUCAAUUUGGAAACCCUGGACGUCUCAUUCGACCCCUCAGUCAUACAAAGAUAUGAUUUAUGGGACUCAAGAGAGAGAAUAUUCAACCGCCGCGAGUUGCGUAAUUUGUUUUUGACAACAAACAACUUAGAUGGUGGAAAGUAUUUGGGCGAGUUAUUAAAAGAGACGUGGUUCAAUGGUAACCAAACGAGAAGCAUUAAGAUGGAAAUAGGUCUUGGACUGAAUGGAGGGAACAAAACUGAUGUAGAGAGACUUGCAAAGAUGUUGUAUCGUGCUGGAAUACUUCAAAGCAAAGAUCAUCUUUUAAGCAUUCAAGUUGUGAGAGAAUACGCCAAAUUGAAGCACCAGAACAUCAUCAGCUGUUUCGAGAAAAUUAUUUGCAACAUUUUUGGACCACUUUUUGAAGCUACUUUGAAUCCAGAGAACAACUUUGAAGUCUCGGAAUUAUUGAAAAGAGUUGGGAGCUUUGAUACUAAAGGUGAUGAAUCGGUGUAUUCUGUUGAUGGUAAUUUAGAACAGGAAUUGCCUUCUGAAUACAACAGUUAUAGUGAACCAUCAUUCCAAUAUUGGAUUUACUUCUUGAGAAUGAACAUCUCAGUGUUAAACAACUUGAGAAAGAGUCUUGGACUCAACACUUUUGCAUUUAGACCGCACUGUGGAGAAGCUGGAGAUCCUAUGCAUAACGCAGCUGCAUUUUUGACUGCGGACUCAAUAUCACAUGGAAGGACUCUAGAUGACCAAAACAUGUUGCAGUACUUAUUUAUCUUGGCCCAAAUAGGUAUCACUUGCUGUCCUAUUUACGACAAAUUCUUGUACGAUAUCAUCAAACACCCAUUUAACAAAUACUUUAUGAGAGGAAUGUUGGUCACACUGGCUACUGAUUCACCAAUGCACUCACAUACUACAGACCAACCGUUGAUUGAGGAAUACGCAAAUGCAGUGAAGACAUUUGGAUUGACCGCAACUGAUGUCAACGAAAUUGCCCAGAACUCGGUGGUUAUAUCAUCUUACACGUUGCGAGACAAACUCACAUGGCUCAUCGGUAAGAACGGAGAGAGUCUCAGUGUGCCUAAGACAAGACUUAAAUACAGAGAAAAGGUUCUCAAAAAAGACGUGGACACACUGCUUUCGUAUAACAUUGGGACAAUUAAAAUCACCGAGGAAGAGCGCAAGGAGGUGAUGAAAGGAUCUUUCAACUACUACUGA